CGUCGGACCCCCGUGAGUAAUGCGUCGUAGAUAACGAACUGAAAUCCCAUCAGAAUCCGCGUUCACGGUUUCAAUAUACGCCAGAGUCGCGUGUGAGUCCCGCCGUGCCGGACGGAAAAUGUUGCGCGCGCACCGUGCACUUCCGGUGCUGAUCUGCGCCGCGUGUCUGCUCGUCUAUUGCACACCCUGUUCUCCGGAUAUUGGACAACCGCUGGACUUGAGUCAGUUUCCAGGAGAAUGGUUUUUCGCUGCUGGCACCCCGAUAAACGAAAGUCUGAGUAGAUGCGGACGGUUCCUGGUCAGACAGACGUCCUCUAACACGUUCACUGUGAAAUUCACGGCCCUCAGUUACAAGAACGAUAUUCCAAUAGCUUUUAACAUUGCCGGAAGCGUGAAUGGGAAAGAAAUCGUCGCUACCUGGCAAUUUCAAGGAUCAAAAAGAAGACUAGGGCCCUUUCGUCACGUUGUAACUUUCGUGGAGUAUGACAAGGUUCUCGGGAUGCUGGUCUGCUCUGAUAGCACGAGCCAUCGACAGGGCUACAAGUUCGCCAUGAUUUGGUCCCGGGAGAGGAGCUUGCCUUUGCCGAUCUUGAAGGAGCUCGAGUACAAGCUGGGAGCAUACAUUAAUCAAGGGAGAAUCCGGCUGGUGGAUCACGGCAACUGUUAAACAAACCGGAAACUUCCAUGGAACACCGAGUCCCGAUACACUCGCAGCUCAGAUAAUUUGCUUUCGCGUCUAAUCGAUGAUCUACGCGGCACGAAUUGAAUUUUCCUUGCGUUUCAUUGCGUUUCACGGAGACCAAUUUGUACGGUACACGAGGAAGAUCACGUUUGUCCUUCGAGUUAGGCGAAUUACUCAUCCUACGCCAGUGUUCUAAGCACGAAUUGUACGAAAAAUUUUAUUUCGCGUAUUUUCACGUAACGAAACCUAUUUCAAC